CCCUUUGGCCUCUUACACAGUUGUUAGGAUGCUGGACUCCUCAAGUGCCGAUCAGAUGACCCGGCUGACGUUGCGACUCCUGGAACAGAUGCUGGAACAGGAACGAGAAAGCAUGGACAGAGCAGGACAACAGGAAAAGCCAGACACUGCUCUGCAGAAUGCUUUGAGGAGAAGGAAGGACCUUCUACAGAGACUCUGGGAACAGCAGUUGGUGAAUGAGCACUCCCCAGUCCACGCCUGGAGGAGGGCACAGGAAAGAACCAUGGCGCCAGCCCUGAACCCAGAGGUGCCUCCCGUGGAUGUCUUCCCUGCUGCCUCCCUGCCUUUGCCCCAACCCCCAGAGCCACAAAGGAUCAUCCAGCACCCGGUCCUGCAGCCUCCUGCCACCAUCAUUCAACAGCUACCCCAGCAGCAGCCAUUGAUUGCACAGAUUUCUCCUCCUCAGGUCUUUCCCACUCAAAGAUCGGGAAGUAUCAAGGAAGACAUGGUAGAGAUGAUGCUAAUGCAGAAUGCCCAGAUGCACCAGAUCCUCAUGCAGAACAUGAUGCUCAAAGCCCUGCCCCCUGGGCCCACAGGGCCACGUGCCGCUACCCUCCAGGACCCACGAUGGGCGCACCACGGAGUCUUGCGAGCUGAAAAGCAGAAGCCACCCCCAGUGCACCACCACCACCACUAUGCACCCCCUGCCCCGCUGCAGGCUGCCUCCACAGCUGGCGCCCCUUCGGGAUAUCCGGGGUGGCCUCCAGUGGUGGCGGCUACCGCCCUCCCACAUGCAGCCAGCUUCUUGCCCACUGUGAGCCACCUGACUGAGCCAACUACUUCCCAUCCCAGCUACCCGUAGCACAUACGCCUGGAGGGAGAAAGCUAGUGUUUUGCAGCAGGU